GGCAAUGGUACAAAAAGAAAAUAACUAGAGGAGAGUCUCAUAACCUUAAAAAUACAGAUUCGAAAUACGAAAUAAAUACCUUACAACUUUAAAGGAGUAGGCUCGUAAAUCUAUAUACAGUAUUAAAAAAUAUGGAUGUCCAACGGCAUUCCGUGCACACGUUAGUGUUUCGGUCCUUAAAAAGAACUCAUGAUAUGUUUUUAUUAAAUCAAGGAUCCCUACCGCCAGAAGAUCCCGUUUUGCAGCAAAUGAAAAAAAUUAUAAAAGCAAAAGACUGUUACGGCCCAGUAUUAGAACGUGUCAAGCAAAAUAAUAUAGCUAAAGUGCAGCAAGAAAAUGACACUGCAGAUCCCCCUCCACCAGGAGAUGAAACUUUUGGAAUUAACAUUACUACCUCAGCAGUUGUUCCUUAUAAUAUCACGAAAGGAAGCACAAGCAUAGUGUCGGUUAGUGCAGGAAGCAACAUGAGCACCAGUGCGGUCAUGAUACCACAAAAGAAAACACCCUCGAUGGCAAAACCCAAAUGGCACGCGCCAUGGAAAUUGUACAGAGUUAUCAGUGGCCAUCUGGGAUGGGUGAGAUGCUGCGCUGUGGAGCCUGGAAACGAGUGGUUCGCUACGGGCUCAGCCGACAGAGUAAUCAAAAUAUGGGAUCUGGCGAGUGGCAUGUUGAAAGUCUCGUUGACCGGCCACAUAAGCAGCGUUCGCGGUCUCGCGUUCUCGCAGAGGCAUCCAUAUCUAUUCUCUUGCGGCGAGGAUCGACAGGUCAAGUGUUGGGAUUUGGAGUAUAACAAGGUGAUCAGACACUACCACGGCCACUUGUCGGCAGUGUACUCGAUGGCGUUACAUCCCACUAUAGACGUCCUGGUGACAGCGGGACGAGAUUCCACUGGCAGAGUGUGGGAUAUGCGUACCAAAGCGAACGUUCACACGCUCGUUGGACACACCAACACGGUGGCCAGCGUAAUUUGUCAGUCGGCCGAACCACAGAUCGUUACUGGCAGCCACGACUGCACGAUUCGCCUGUGGGACUUGGCCGCUGGCAAGUCCAGGGCCACGCUGACGAAUCACAAGAAGAGCGUGCGCGCUCUUACGUUCCAUCCAUCGUUGUACAUGUUUGCCUCGGCGUCGCCGGACAAUAUCAAACAAUGGAAAUGUCCGGAAGGAAAGUUUAUUCAGAACCUAUCAGGUCACAACGCCAUAGUCAAUUGUCUCGCAGUGAAUGCCGAUGGAGUACUGGUCUCCGGCGCCGAUAAUGGUACUAUGCACCUCUGGGACUGGCGAACAGGAUACAACUUCCAACGACUCCAAGCGCCAGUACAGCCUGGGUCGAUGGACAGUGAGGCCGGCGUAUUCAGUAUAACAUUCGACAUGUCGGGCACUCGUAUGAUUACGACAGAGGCCGAUAAGACGAUUAAAGUGUACAAGGAAGACGAUACUGCCACUGAAGAAACUCAUCCCGUCGACUGGCGACCCGAUAUAAUAAAGCGAAGAAAAUACUGAACUCUAACUUAUUCAAAUGUAUAUAUAUUCCUAUUAAUUUAACGGCGAUUAAGUGUAAUGCGAUUAAAAAUUAUUUUUUAUAUAGGAUCGCUUUGAUUUCCAGAUCAUAAGAUGGACAAAGCUAUCCAAGCAGCAAUAAAAAAAUAAAGAAAAAGAAAAAAUUUCUA